GGAGCGGGGGGGUUGGGGGGGGGCACCCCGGAACCGGGGAGAGUCCCGGUAUGGACCCCGGUAUGGGGCCCGGGCCGCCCCCUCCGCACCGCGGCUCCGCUCAGCUCCGACUUCUUCCGCGAGCUGGGGCAGACCCUGGAGCGCAUGGCGCAGACCCUGCGGGACCAGCUGCCGGCCUCACGGAGCGGCGGGCGCGGCUGGGUCCCCCCGGGCACCCACCCCGACCCCCGGCCCCCCGACGAGGCCGACGUGGUGGUGGUGGGCGGCGGCGUGGUGGGCUGGUCCGUGGCCUACUGGCUGAAGGUGCUGGAGGGCUGGCGGCGGCGGCACGGCAUGAGGGUGCUCGUGGUGGAGCGGGACCCCACGUAUUCCAGAGCCUCCACAGUGCUGUCGGCGGGGGGGAUCCGGCAGCAGUUUUCCCUCCCGGAAAAUAUCCAAAUGUCCCGAUUCUCUGCCAGCUUCUUCCGCAACAUCAAUGAGUACCUUGGGGUGCCGAAUGAGCCCCCCAUCGACAUCCAGUUCCGGCCUGGGGGGUACCUGUUCCUCGCAUCCCCCCAGAACGCUGCUGCCCUCGAGGCUGCCGUGCAGCUGCAGAGGGAUGAAGGGGCACAGGUGACCUUGCUGUCCCCCACCCAGCUGAAGGAGAAAUACCCCUGGAUGAACACAGAGGAUGUGGCUGUGGCGUCCUAUGGUCUGGAGGAUGAAGGCUGGUUCGACCCCUGGACCCUCCUCAACGCUUUCCGGCGCAAAGCCACGUCCCUGGGAGUGCAGAGCUGCUCCGGGGAGGUGCGAGCUUUUGUCACCUCGACCAACUACAUGAUGGCGUCAGCGCCGGCGUCUGCGCGCAUCAAAUACGUCCACGUGCACAUGCCAGACAGCCUGGAGUACCAGCCCGUGGCCUGUGCCAUCGUGGUCAAUGCUGCAGGUGCCUGGGCGGGGAAGCUGCUGGAGGCAGAGGGGCUGCCCCGGGGGCUGUGCCAGCCCCCCCUGCCCAUCCAGCCCAGGAAGAGGUAUGUGUUCACCUGGCACUGCCCCAAUGGCCCUGGCUCCUCCUGCCCCUUCGUCAUCGACACCUCUGGUGCUUAUUUCCGUCCGGAUGGCGCUGCUGGGAACUACCUGGGCGGGAUGAGCCCCUCUGAGGAGGAAGAGCCGGAUCCCAGCGAUCUCUCGGUGGAUCACAAUUAUUUCCAGGAGCAGAUCUGGCCCCGCCUGGCUCAGCGUGUCCCAGCCUUUGAAUCCCUGAAGGUCAGGGGCUCUUGGGCAGGGUACUACGACUACAACACCUUCGACCAGAACCCGGUGCUGGGCCCGCACCCCCGGCUGGAGAACCUGUUCUCAGCUGCGGGGUUCAGUGGGCACGGGCUGCAGCACGCGCCAGCCGCGGGCAGGGCCCUGGCCGAGCUGCUGCUCAGGGGCCGCUACGAGACCCUGGACCUGCGCAGGCUGGGCUGGGACAGGCUGCUGGAUGGGGAGCCCCUGCAGGAGCUCGGCGUGGUCUGAUGGGGGCGGGGAGGGGGGAACUGAGGCACAGCCCUGGACCCCCUCCCCAGGCCAGAGGUGGUGUCUUAUAGGAAUAAAAUGGAUGUAUGGAUGAUGA